AUGAAGCCACUCCUCGGAUGGCUCUUCUUGCUCGUGUUAGCCUGGACUGGCGCCGACGCCUACAAGCUGAAUGUGCCGCGUCUGCUCUUCCCCUACCAUCCGACGGUGCCGAUGCACUUCGAUUUGGAAGUCGGGAGCCCGUCGGGCGGAUGCUUCAAAUGGAGGUCGAAUCGCCCGGACAUUGUGCAGGUUGAGCCGGCCAGUGGCGAAUGCUCUGAUCGGGCACGCGUUGUCUCAAGCACGAAGGUCGGAGGAACGCACAGCGCCGUCAUCUUUGCCGAAGAAAGUGGAAGCGGAACCACGCUGAGCUGCGUCGUGACGAUUGAUGAAGUGGCCACGAUCACGAUCGAGCACACAACAAAGGUGCUCUACGUGGACGCCGCACCGGCUAGGAUCACUGCUGUUGCUUUCAACGCUGAUGGCGACAAAUUCUCAACCCUCGGUCAGCUGCCUUUCGAGUGGGAGCUGGCGACGGACAAUGGUGCUGAAACGAUGCCGUUGCGUAUCGUGCCGUUCGAGCAGAGCAAGUACCGUGCCCCGCAAGACAUCCAGGCCCUGGAAAAGGCGAAGAAGAAAGGUUAUCUCGUCCUUCUCGAAGGCCUCGUUACCGGCUCUUCCGCCAUUUCUGCUCGCUUCCAAGACCCGCAUUUCAAGAAUGUCCCAACCAACACUCUGGAUCUCGUCGUCGUCGCCAACCUGCUGCUCGAACCAGCCCAAGAUCUCUACGUGCCCACCUAUUCCGAUAUCGCCUUCACGGUGAAGAUCGUCAAGGAGCGUGGCCUAGAAGAUGUUCCCAUGCCCUCCCCACUCUACACGCUGAAGCUCGACAACGAGGACUGUAAGCUCAACAGCAAGACUUCCACGGUCACCGCUGUCAAGAAGGGCAAAUCGAUGCUGUCGCUCAAUUUGGAAAAUGUCGACCCCAGGGUGACAAGUAAUGCUGCGGUUCGUCCUCCAUCUACCCGCAUCUUCAUCGUCGACCCGGAAAGUCUGCAAUUCGCUGUGGCCGGAAGCAACUGGUUGCUCGAGCGCGGACGCACCUACCGGAUCAAUGUCAACCUGCUUGACCCGCACGGAAAUCACAUGUUCAUCGCCGACAAUGCCCGCUUCGAGACCGCCUUCCCGCACGACUACUUUGACAUCAAGUGGAACACCAAGAACGCUACUUGGUUCGAAGUUACCCCAAAGAAAUCUGGCCGAGUUAACAUCAACUCCAGGCUGAACUCGUUUAUCACCGAGGGCGGCAUCGAAGUCAAGAUCAAGCGAAAAGUCGACGGGGAGCAAGAAGUCGAGAUUGUCGACCCGAUCACCGUCGUCCCUGACCAAGUCGUACUGCCAUUUUUGACCGGCGUUAAGUUCAACUACCCUUUGACGGCAUCGGGCGGAAGUGGCACCUACUCGUGGGCCACCGAAGACCGCAGGAUCGGCACGAUUCAUGAAGCUACCGGGAUGGUCACCUCUGGACAGAUCGGUUGGACGGCGGCUACCGCCACGGAUCGCCGAAAUCCCGCUCAUUCUGGAAAAUCUACGGUUGGUGUCCUCGAGAUCGUCUCGUUGGACUUUGGAAAGACAAGGAAAGAGGCUGAGGAGGGCAAGAUUUUGCUCGUCAACGUCCAGCUCUUCGGAAUCGACCGUACGAAGGGCCAUCGCCAUUACCCGUUCACCGAUUGCCGCAACAUUCCAUUCGUCGUCGAGGUGCAGAACCGUGCCCAUUUCGUGCAUGUACCAGAAACGGCCUCCACCAUUCCGACCGAAGGCACGGGUUGCGCCACCGUCGCUCUGCGUGCUGUCCACUCUGGCGACACCCGUGUUACCAUCAAGUACGACAAAUACUCGGCCACCAUCGAUAUUUCGGCUUUCCCGGCUCUCAAGGUUGAUGACGAUCUGCUUGUCCCCGUCGGUGGUGCCUACAAGCUCAACACGUUCGGCGGACCGCGCCCUUGGCUGUUGGACAACUCGCAGUUUUUCGUCAAUGGUGUCUCGCAAGACAAAGUUGUAACUGUCAAGCAGGACGAUGAACAACUCACCAUGGCGUGUUCCGGAAAGGAGGGCUCGACGGAAAUCAAACUGAGCGUCGGCAACAACCCCACUUCUUCCAACGAAAUCCCGGCCGUCGUCUCGACGAAUGUGCGCGUUUGUUGCGGACGCCCGAUCCGCAUGGCUCUCGGCGUUGAGGGUCGCACCCCGAGCUCCAAGGACUACCCGAAAUGCCCGAAUUCUGUCAAGACCGUAUUUGCCUCGGCCCCAUUCCAAGUCGGCGUUCGGCUUUAUGGACGUUGCGGAUCGAAUGAGGAGGAACGUGUGAUGUCCGGCAUCGACUCGCUCGAUUUCACCUGGAGCCUUGGCAGCGGCAAGGACCUCCUGGCGCUUGCCAAGGAGACGAAGCACAACGAACCGGCUACUCUCGCUUUUGUCGACGGAUAUCCGAACGGCAAGGUCGGCGAUGCUCUUAUCAACAAUGUCGUCACGAAAGUCGGUUCACACCGCCUUCCGCAGAAGCUGACCGCCUCCCUGGAACUGAAGCUGGUGAAACGCGCCACGCCUGUCCCGUCUUCUCUUGUGCUCUGGAAUGAUCCUACUGCUGCGGCCACCAUCAAGCUCAACGGCGGAUCUGGACAUUAUCAUCUGAUCGACCGCUCGACGUUCUACGAUGCCCUGAUUUCUGAUGGAAAUAUCAAGGUCUCGCCAAAGAAGAUCGGCCAGAGCCCGUUGCGUCUCGUCGACAUUUGCAUCGAUUCCAGCGAGAUUGUCAUCCCCGUCAAGAUCACCGACAUCAAGGCGCUCAAGAUUCAAGGACCGCAAUAUUUGGAAGUCACCACCGAUACGGAAGUCGAAGUGCACGUUGUUGACGCUGAUGACGAGCCGUUCUCUGCUGAAUAUGUUUCCGUGAUGGGCCUUGAGCUCACCUCCAGCAACACGCACGUCAAGGUCGAGAGGCAAAACGGCAUGAAGUUCCGGAUCCGCGGCCAAACCGUCGGCGAGGUUGCCCUGGUAGCUGCCGCUCGUUCGUCUGGAGCCGGUGCGAUACGCAGCCGCCAGCAUAUGAUUCAGGUGUUCGCCCCGAUGCGUUUCCAACCGAAGGUUGUCACCCUGGUUCCGGAAAGCACCUUCCAGCUCGAGGUUAUCGGUGGUCCUCGCCCGACGCCACCAAUCUCCUUCUCCACCAAUACGUCUCGUCACAUGGACAUUGCCGCCAACGCCCUGAUCACGUCGAAGAACGAGCUGGGCUACACUCUCGUCACCGGCACCAUUCAGCAAUCCGACGGACGUAGCACUACGGACUCUGUCUUGGUGAAAGUUGUCUCGCUGGCUUCGAUCCGCAUCCGCGUCUCUUCGAACUACGUUGAAGCCGGUGGCAAGGUCUGGGCUCGCAUCGAUGGAAUGCUGGACGAUGAGACUCCCUACUCCUUCGGAGGCGCUGAGUGGCCGCUCAAGGUGAACUGGUCGCUCGGCGACGCCAGCGUGCUCAGCCUCGACUCGUCCAAGCUCGGCACGGCCCUCGAGGAGCCUGAGCAGAACCGCUUCUCCAUCUCGCUGAACGCCAAAAACGCCGGAAAGGGCACGAUCAAGGUCCAAGUCGAGAUGCACGCCUCGGCGACGCGCCACUUCCAGGGAAAAUCUCGUAUUUUCACCGCCGAGGCCACGAUCACCGUCGAUGAAGCUCCGGCUCUGGCUGACCCGAACAUGCCGCUGACGCAGAUUCGCAUCGCGCCCGACACCGAGUACAAGCUGCUGAGCAAGUGG